CUUUUCUGAUAAUCGUAUAGUUCGUCGUUCGUAGUAUCAAAAGUCUGAAAAGUCCUCCAAAUAUACUAUGACCAUAAUAUGAGUAAAUGGACUGAGGUUUCGAUUUUGUCUAGAACCAACCCAAGUUUACUUUCAUUUGGUAACUUCAUCAUCAUUUAUUUAUAGUUCAGCAGGAAACCAUUAAUGAAACGCUGGAAUGUAUAGCUUUUAGAAUAUUAAUUCACAGCCGUUCUUUAAAGCGAAAUCAAUUGUUUUCCCAAGUCUGAGGAUUACCCAAUUUUUUCUUCAGUGCUGCACUCUUUAUCCUUCCAUUCUUUUCUUUCUUGUUAUCAAUUGUUUGUCUAAUGAAGCUUAGGGUAUUUUGCGAAGAAUUUCCCAUCCGGCAAUGGAUACACACAGUAAUUUUUGGCUUGGUUGAUCAUACUGCUACGGUUGCGGAUCUUUGCAAAGCGGUUUGGGAAUGGAAUGAGGGACCUCCUUAUUGGAAGCUUCAGCUAUUGUUUGAAGGAUACGCUGUCCCGAUGACAGGGCUCUUGAACCGUUACUUGAAGGAAGAUGCAAAGAUUCAGCUAGUUGGACAAGACUUGCGUUCUACAUGGAAUCCCGAAAACUUCACUACUUCCCCAUACGACAUUAUUUCUGGUGCUAAUCCUCUUCCUGAAAAUUCUGAACAGAUGCAUCAAAUAAACUUGCAACACAUCGUUCCAUGGAAAGACCUAGAGAUGUCUUCGUAAACUCUCACGUAUGAAAUUUGGAAACCCGAAAACUAGCUAAAUUGUACUAUCUAAUAAGGGAAGAAUUUAAAGAAAAAUCUGUUUUCAAAGACUCGGAAACGCUCAAGCCGUUCUCGUAAUUCUUCGUAGUCAACAAGACCAAGACCAAGAUUAGACACUCAAGGUAGAGAGUAGUAAGUCAAC